ACGCGGCGGAAGUCGCAUCACAGAAGGAGACGAGCUACGGCGUGCAGAGAAGCAGCGAUGUGAGAGUCAGAGGGACCGGUGAAAAACCAUAAAAAGCAUAGUCUUACGAUUACAGCCCAGGCACACUGAAGGCAAUCUAGUGUUUAUCAGGAAAAGUCACGAUUGGCCUUAAGAAAGGAUGGAUCCGGCACUGCUCCGUGAGAGGGAGCUCUUCAAGAAGAGAGCUAUCUCCACGCCGGCAGUGGAGAAGAGGCCAGCCCCUUCUGAGUCCACUUCCGCUUCCUCAUCCAAGAAGAAGAAGCCCAAGCUGGACCGGGAGGGAUCCACAGGGUCCAAGCAUGGAGCAGACUCAAGCAACGGUUCCUUUAACCUGAAAGCACUGACUGGAAGCACGGGAUAUAAGUUUGGUGUUCUAGCAAAGAUUGUGAACUACAUGAAAACCCGGCACCAGCGUGGUGACACCUUCCACCUGACCCUGGAGGAGAUCCUGGAUGAGACGAAGCUCCUAGACAUUGGCAUGAAGCAGAAGAUGUGGUUGAUGAAUGAGGCCCUGGCCAGCAACCCCAAGAUCGAGGUGCGUGACGGGAAGUACGCCUUCAAGCCCAAACACCCGCUGAAGGACAAAAAGGCACUGCUGCGUCUGCUGGACAAGCACGACCAGCUGGGCCUGGGGGGGGUGCUGCUGGAGGACGUGGAGGAGGGGCUGCCCAACGCGCACAAGGCCAUCAAGGCCUUAGGGGAUCAGAUCAUCUUUGUGACCCGGCCCGACAAGAAGAAGAUCCUGUUUUAUAAUGACAAACACUGCCAGUUUACAGUGGAUGAAGAGUUCCAGAAGUUGUGGCGUAGCGUGCCUGUGGACUCGAUGGAUGAGGAGAAGAUCGAGGAGUAUCUGAAGAGGCAGGGCAUCUCCUCCAUGCAGGACACAGGACCUAAGAAACCGGCUCCCAUCCAGAAGAAGAAAAAGCCAGCAUCUCAGAAGAAGAGGCGUUUCAAGACGCACAACGACCACCUGGCCGAUGUCCUGGAAGACUACUCCCAAGGGAUGUCCGCUAGGAAGUGACACUGCAAUGUGUCUUCCCGCCAGUAGAGGGAGUACUGCAUCAGAACUAUACUUUGAAACAGAAUGAAAAUGCAACAACUCCCCUGUCCAGUGGCCUGCGCUCUCUGGAGUCCUGCAUAAAUAAAUCGCUAAAGGAGUAUGCAGUGUUUAUACUCCAUACUACUCACUGGAUUUACUUGUCAGACAAAGGUACACUGGACAGUUUAUUUGAACAUGCUUUUUAUUAUUUUUUUUAAAUUAAAUGGUGCGAAACGAAAUAUGACUCCAGAGAUCUUGGACCUCCACUGCCGAUAUCAGCACCUACUUUCCCCCAGCUGCCGGCUUGCAUCUGUGACUUUAGCUUCAGUCUGACAGCAAGGAUGGAGGUAAACACUCUGAAAACUGUCUGUUCCAAAAAAAAAACUGGAGAGAAAAAUAACUUGUGCUAUAAUUGUUUGUCUACUGUAAAUUGCUUUAGAUAAUUCCAUCAUUAGCGAUCACUUUUCAUUCAAAUGGAAUAAUUAUGAGCUAAUAGCAAUUAGUGAAAUAUUAAGUGGAACAAAACAGCAAUGACAGGAGCAGCGGUAAAACCAUAGUAACAGUGACAGUAGGAAUUCCUCAGUAGUGGUUGCUAAGUGACGAGUCAGUGGGCUCUCUCUGGGGUGCCUCAGUCCUACUGGAGUGGGGGCAGGUGCUUCUGUAGUUCUGGUUGCAGCUCCCUCGCUCCAUAGCAUAAUGAAGUUGGCCUGAGAGCAUCACGGGCAGGAACUUCUGAUCUGACUGAGUUUGAGUCUGAGGAGGGCUGAAAUGCGGCUGUUUUGCCGUUCACCAGGGUGUUUCAACAGUACAGCUGUAGUUUGAUACCCAGCUGUAUACAUGGCUUCUGCUGAACCUCACCUCUGCAAAUGCUAUGAUGUAAACUCGGUGGUCAGUGGCGGAUUGUUAGCCUGCCGUCUAGCACCUGUAUGAGGUGAGGAAGCCUUUCACACAUAAAUCAGCAGUCUAAGACCCCGCAGAAACUGCUUAUGGUUGAUCCAAUCACUUUAUUUCUUCUUAUACAAAAAACCUUUUUUUUUAAUAAAAACAUUAUGUGAAUAAGACCACUAUAAUUCAUGGAAAUGCACUUUCUCCUUACAGUGGCUAGAUACACACACACAUCUAUAUAAUAAACAUGCAUUGAAUACACAAAGACACAAAGUCAGAUCCAUACAAACUCGUACAUUCUGUUCUUUAAUCGCUGCCAUCUUACUUGUGGUCAAUUUUCGUCGGAUUAAAACUGUCGGUUGGACUGCCUUCCUCACGGACCACCUUACCCUCAUUUAUUUCCUGAACAAUACAAAUUAUUGCUGCAGCUGGAAAGAAAA